CCCGAAUAAUCUCCUCUGUGCCUACUUUCAUGUUAUCUGUCUCAGGCACCGCCUAUCCUACACCUAUUUUGCCAUCUCUCUGGCGGAGGUGUACACGCUAGAAAAGGGUGCUAAAGAGCACUACUUCUUUUCUAUCCACAUCCAUUCCUCAUCUUCACCAACGCCCCUGGGCAACCUUUCGGAAUUAUCUGUCGCUCCCUCUUAACGUUGCAUUUUUCGACCUGCAAAACGCCAAGAGGCACACCAUCAGCUGACCCAUCCCACCAAAAAAAUUCCGUCGCCAGCACAGCGCUGCAUGGCCGCGUUCCACCUUUUCCCCCGUCUCCCCUUUGAGCUUCGUGCUCGAAUUUGGGAGUUAACAGUCGAGCCGCGCACUGUUGAGAUGCGCGAAAAGAGAGAGUAUGGGUCAUGGGGCAAGCUUUUGCAUGUAACCUCAUCAACACCAGUACCUGCAGUGCUUCAGGCCUGCCAUGAGGCCCGAAAUCAGGGGCUGUACCAGAAGGCCUUUAAUUUUUCUGCAGGGGUUGAGCCGCGGUAUGUCUGGGUCAACUUUAAGAUUGACAUGAUCUCAAUUGGGCAUUCUUGGUUUAACUCAAUUGAUCUUGCUGAACGACUGCUGAUUCGCCGGCUUACCUUUGAGCGGGAAAAUGAUGAAUCCUUUUUCCACUUUCGAUCCCAUGAGCUAUACGAAUUGUAUCCUAAUCUGGAGGAAAUUCAUGUCAUCUGUGAAGACGGUCUGCUGGCAUGGCAAGAUGCCUGGCGAUACUGCCCCUGGCCAUGUCCAAAGAAGAAUCUGAGGUUUAUUGACAAGGAAACGGGGCAGAUUGCGGUUGGCAAGGACCUGGAUAGGAUGUGGCGGAUGAAUGGCUGGACUCUUUCCUCUGAUGAAUCUGAUUGACUGUUCAAGCCCCUGUCUUAUAGUUCGUAGAGCUUGCCGUAUUUCGUGGCUCAAUAUUUAAGAAAACGCGUCUCAAGAGGAUACUUAAAUCUCAGAACUCGCUACACACCAGGUUUCCCACAAUUGAUUUUUCCUCACUAGGUUAGAUACAUAGUGCAGCCUCAAUACAUAGCUUUCUC